AUGUUAUCAAUUCUAGAUUCAGUUGCACCUUUUGUGCCCCCAUCAGAUUUAAGAAUUGCUUUAUCCGGUAUUACGGGUUCUGUUUCCUUUGCUUGUUGGAUUGUUUUACUAAUUCCUCAGCUUAUCGAACAGUGGAAACUUAAAUCUGCAGAUGGGAUUUCUUUGGGAACUGUUCUUAUUUGGGUAACUGGUGAUUUGGCCAAUUUGGUAGGUGCCAUUUGGGCCGGUUUAUUACCUCCAGUGAUCUUGUUAGCUGUCUGGUUUUUGAUCAUUGAUGGGUCGUUGUUGACUUCGUAUAUCUACUAUACUCACAUUUUCCCAAAAAGACAUAAGAUAAUUCACACUCAUCACAGUGAAGAGGCUACUGAGAACACUACUCUUUUAGCCACAAGUGAAAAUGAAAAUGCUCAUGGAACUCAACAGACAAAUGGAAGAAAAUCCAGUACGAAAUCCAGAAGAGAUUCUUUGACAUCGUUGGCAGUUGCGUCGUCCCAUUGGCUGGCUUUCCAAAAAUAUGUUUUGCCAAUGGCGUUUGUAUCAAUGGCUGGGGUGGUUGGCUACUUACUUUCUUCCUCUCCAAGUGCUCCACCUGAUGGUGAGCUACCAACUCUUCCAAAUGACGAAUUAACAUUUGGUGCCCAAUUCUUUGGGUACUUCUCUGCCCUUUGUUACUUGGGUGCCAGAAUUCCUCAAAUAUUAUACAAUUAUCAAAGAAAAUCGUGCCACGGUUUGAGUCUAUUAUUUAUUUUGUUCUCAACUUUCGGGAACUUGACGUACUCUUUGCAAAUUUUGUUUUACCGUUCUGACGCGGAUUAUGUCAUUUUGAAUUUGCCAUGGUUGAUUGGUUCCUUGGGUGCAAUUGUGGAGGAUUCUGCGAUUUAUGUACAAUUUAUCAUUUACAGAGACAAUGCUGGCAAUGAUGAUUUGGUAGAGGCUGUUGAAGAUGUGAUACAAGAAGUUUGA